ACCAACCCACUAGCGCCGCCUCUUCCUCCGCUUUUAUCACCACCGCAUGCAACUACUGCCAAAUACUACUUUUACGCGGCCACUGUCGGCGUCAUCGACGGUUGCCAUGCGCGUUUUUACCCCAGGCUCUCUCUCUCUCUCUUUCCUUCUCUCUUGCUCUCACUCUCUUUUUUGGGCCGCCUAGUUGUCUCUCUUUGCCUGAACCACCUUGUCGACGCGAUGGAUGAAAAAGAAAAAGACAACGUAGACGUUGACAUCUUCGUUGGCGCGCCAAGUUGA